AUGGUACUCGUGGACUUCUCGCUAGCUUUCAACUGUGUUCAACAUAAGAUACUCGCGAACAAACUUAAUAGCGAGUUCCUCUUUUUUCCGGAUGCAUGUGGUUUGAUCUCUUCCUUUCUGGGUGGACGUUCACAGGCCGUUCGUCUCGGAAAUACAACGACCGCCGAACGCGGGGUACCAGAGGGCACACCACAGGGCUCAUGUCUUAGUGCGCUACUAUUCAGCAUGUACAUAAAUAGCCUGCCAACAACACUUACGUGCAGUUGGCAUCUUUAUGCCGAUGAUCUCCAAAUCUACCUAUCGGGACCGAUCGCAGAGAUAGACAGACUUGUGCACAUCAUCAACAAGAUCUUGCAGCAGUAG